UUCGUCAUACUUGAUUUAAUUGCACUGCUAGCGUGUUGCAUAGAUUAGGGUCAGUGGAAGAAAAUUUCAUUUUUACAAUCAAAUCGUGAAAUAGAUCGUUGAAAGUUACCGGAAUUUACUUGCCGAUGACUCUCGAAUGUGUAAAGGAGUGAAAUUGUGUUGAACAGACUAUAAACGAAGUGUUUACUCCGACCAAAAAAUCGGCUGAUCAUCGUCUGGUCGGUGAAAAUUAAAAAUGGACGACAAGCGAGACAGCAAAAAGGAUAAGAAGCUUCGUAAAUCACGUAGCCGAAGUCAAAGUCCUAGUCAAGGUUUUGGUCGUCGCAGAAGGGAGAGAAGUCGAAGUAGGGAACGCCAUAGGAGACGGUCUCGUGAGCCCGACAGUCCCGUUAUGCGACGCCGCCGUGGUCGCCGGAGUCCAAGUCCGCCGCCACCACCAAUGAUGCAAGAGGUUCCUCCACCGCCAAUGAUAGGUAGUGCUGCCGCGUACAUGGGCACGGCAGCCCCAAUGUAUGAUAAUUACGGUGGUUAUGCUGCAGCUCCUCCACAGACCUACAUGACCACGGGUUACGGUGGAUAUGACUAUGGGGCACCACCUGUUGCAACGAUGGAUAGUUACGGUGCCAUGGUAAGUGCUCCUCCAGCGAUAAUGAUGGCUCAACCAAUGCCUCCCGGAAAUGAGUACAGUGCGGCACCGCAAAACUGGAGCACUGCGCCACCAGUUGUGCAGGAAACAGAAGAGGAAAAACGUAAACGGGAAGCCGCUAUUGCAUCGGAAGUACGCAAUCAACGUGCGUCCUUAAAGAAGCAGCGAGACGAUUAUCGCCGCCGUGCUGGUGCUUUGAAACGUGAACUAAAAACACUCAAACAACAACGAGAAGAUCUAUGUUCCGGUCGCGAUCCGCCUUCUCCUACCACGAACAAUUUCAUCAAGGAAAACGAUAAACUGCAGUCACAAAUUCAGAGCAAAAUCAGUACUAUUGAGAAUGUCAUCGACAUGCUGGAUGGAAUCAUAGGAAAGGAUAAGUCGCCUACCCCACCACCCCCGCCGAUUAGCACAGAACUUUCCUCGCCUGCGGUGGAUAAAUCCAAAAGUCCUACCAAAAUCCGUAAAGGUUCCGAAUCAUCUGCUUCACCAGAACGAUUGAAAAAGGAAGUUCUGGACACUAUGAAACGUGCAAAGUCUAAGGCAGCGGAAAAACCGUCUGUGAAAACCGAACUGGAUGACGAGGGAAAACCGAAACCUCAGUUCAACUUUGUCUACUACGAUCCGGAGUUGCACUGGUGUUCGGCUUGUGACAUUUUUCCAAAAACUGCAAAAGAAUACUUGAAUCAUCUUCAUUCAGAGCAACACAAGACCAAAGUGCAGAGCAGCUCCUCCGCGCAGGAUUAUCCUUGGCGGGAGAAAGCAUCCGCGGAAGAUAAUUCCUCUCACCCAGGAUUGCCAAGUAAACGGAUCCCCAUUCGUGGUUUGCAAUUUUUUGUUCCGGCCACGGCUUGGUUCUGCAAAAUUUGCAAGCACUGGAUGGGCGAUUUGCAUUGCGCCUCGGUGCAUCUGAAGUCGAAGCUUCACGCCGAUAGCUAUGGACAAUUUAUCGAAAGUACACCGAAUUUUGAAAUUGACUGGAUGACUGAUCGACAGAAGGCGUACGAACGGAUGCGUGACAGCGACCGGCAACCGCAGCAGGAGUGCUCAACAACUCGUGACGUUCCAGAGAGUGGUGUGGCCUUGGCAGCCAGUCAAGGGGGUGACAUUGAUUUUCUAGCUUCUAGCACGGCACAAAAAGACAGCAAGAAAAAGAAAAGCAAAAAAGACGAGAAGCGUGAGAAGAAGAAGAAGAAGCGGUCCAAAAAGAAGAAGAAGCGGGCAGCAUCCUCGAGUAGUUCCAGCUCCAAUUCCAGUUCGGAUUCCGAUUCUGACAAAAAAAGUACUCGAGGCGAUGAGUUUGAUCCAGCAACUUCGAUCCGGGUUGCGAUGCGUAACAUAUUGAAGGCCCAGGAAGCGGCUAAGGAUGCCCACAUAGCGGAGGAUCCUUCGGCAGGUAAAUGGACUGUUGUCCAGUCGGCGUCCGCUCCGCAGGAGCUGACGGCCCCGCCUCCGCCAUUCAUGACGGCCGGAGCGGAGUCUCGCGAAAAACAACGAGAUGAGCUGAUGCUGUCCCAAUGGGUGACUCCGGAUCCGGUUAUUUCUGAAAAUGACAAAAAAUUGCUUGAACAGCUUAAAGGUAAGAUGUCCAAGAAGCGUGACGAAGUUCCGUCGGGAAAUACUGGAAGGCAUCAGGAUGGAGGUGGUAGGUAUCAUGAAGGCAGCAGCAGACAUCAGGAUGCUGGUGGUAGACAUCAGGACGGCGGAGGCGGAAGAUAUCAUCAGGACAGUGGCGAUCGGGCUGAUCGACGACGCGGAGGGGAUGAUGCAAAGCGACGAAGUCGUUCAAUAACUCCUCCUUGGAGACGAAACGGUAGUCCUGGUCGACGAUUCGGUGGCUUUGGAAGGGACCGUCGAAGUCCCGAUCGCCGGCGUGAACAUCGAAGUCCGGAUAUACGUGGUCGAGAUCGCAGCCGCGAACGGGACAUGGAGCGUGGCGGGCGGUUCGAUAGACGUAGACGCAGUAGAUCUCGUAAUCGACGCAGUCCCAGUUAUGGCCGAGGCAGAUUCCGUAUGCGAAGAUCCUACUCGCGUUCUAGAUCUCGAUCACGCUCUCGCAGUAGGCCAAGGGUUAUUGAAAAACCGAUCGUUAAUUUCCCUCCAGAGCCGAAACCAAAACCUGAGAAGAAACAUAAAGAAAAGAAAGAAGUUAAGGAGAAAGAAACGAAACCAGUCGCUUUACCCGUUGGACAGAAAAAAUUGCCAUUCAUCGGAAGGAUGCCAGUGUUUAAGAAGCAACAGCAGGAAGUUAAAAAAGACGAAUCCUGUACAGCGGAAAAAAUGGAUGGUACAACGUCUGAUGGUUUCGAAAAUGGUAAUCAUCAGCACGCAGAAGAGUUUGUGGAUAUGAUGCCGGAUCCUUACCAAUAUGUUGCUCUGAUGGGAGCUCCUCCUCCGCCGCCAUCGCGUCCUUCGAAGCCGGACGAAAGUAUUCUUCCUCCCGGAAUUGAUGAAGCGGAAGCAGAUCUGGUCCCCAAACCGAUCAGUGAUGCUCCGAUUCCUAGGAAGGGUCCGCUUCCCAAAGAUUUCCAGGAAGCACUCGAUAUCAUUUUUGACGGAGACAGGCAGAAACCUGGCGAAGUAAUAGCCAACGAAACAAAACCUCCGGAGGCUCCACCAAUUCCGAUAGUUCAAGUUCUGGACACUGAUCAACCACAGAUGAUCGUACCGGAAGCGAUCGAAAUCUACAAUCAACAAAUUGCUGCCCAGUACAGCACAGCAGUUGUAUCAGCAGCGCCAAUGGUGUACGAUGACGAAUCGCAAAAUCAGCCAUUAGAAAUGAACACCCUCGAUGGUGCAGCUGAGCAUUCGUCCGAUUCAACGGCUGCCGCUGGAUCACCGGAGGACAACACGGCCAGCAACGAUGAAGCCACGAUGGGUGCACCGGAGGUCGAAGCUCCACCGCCACCUCAGGAGAAAGAAAACGAGGAAACCCGUCGUAAAAGGGCAGAACUGGAGGAACUUGCCAUGCUCGGAAUCGACGCCGACGAUAUGGCGGCUCAAAUUUUCUGAGUAAACACAUUAGUUUGACUUUAUUUUAUUCGAGUCGUAGGUUAUAGGUUUCUUCGUAUUCCCUAGCGUCACACAAAAAUAGUGAUGUAUUCAAUAUAAUCUCUGAUGUCAAAUGGUCCGUUUUAAUUCGCACUUUCAGAUAGAACAUUUUCAGUUUUGAACAGUAUCAAGAUAAAUGAUUAACGAUAUUGGAAAUAAAUUGUUAUUAUCAAAAA